ACAGGAGAAAAGCCUUUCACAUGUACAGAGUGUGGAAAAUGUUUUACACUAAAGACUUAUCUUAAAACUCAUGAAAGGAGUCACACAGGAGAAAAGCCUUUCACAUGUACAGUGUGUGGAAAAAGUUUUACAGAAAUGAGUAGUCUGAAAUAUCAUGAAAUGAUUUACACAGGGGAAAAGCCUUUCACAUGUACAGAAUGUGGAAAAAGUUUUACACAAAAGAGUGUUCUGAAAACUCAUGAAAGGAUUCACACAGGAGAAAAGCCUUACACAUGUACAGAGUGUGGAAAAGGUUUUACACUAAAGACUAAUCUGAAAAAGCAUGAAAGGAUUCACACAGGGGAAAAGCCUUUCAAAUGUACAGAGUGUGGAAAAAGUUUUACACAGAAAGGUCAUCUGAAAAUUCAUGAAAGGAGUCACACAGGAGAAAAGCCUUUCACAUGUACAGAGUGUGGAAAAUGUUUUACACUAAAGACUAAUCUUAAAACUCAUGAAAGGAGUCACACAGGAGAAAAGCCUUUCACAUGUACAGAGUGUGGAAAAAGUUUUACAGAAAUUAGUAGUCUGAAAUAUCAUGAAAGGAGUCACACAGGAGAAAAGCCUUUCACAUGUACAGAGUGUGGAAAAAGUUUUACACAUAAGAGUAGUCUGAAAACUCAUGAAAGG